AUGGUAAAAAUGGCUCCAAGGACCAAUGAAUAUGAACAGCAACAUCCUCCGAAGGUAGAGGAGGAAGCACGGGAUGAUGGUGCUCGUAGUGAUGCGCCUCGUGCACGUCGUGCAGCUAGCAAAGGUUCUGAAAGUGGUGGGGAGGAGUUUUUAUUUAUUCUCAAGCGAGGACAAACGGGUGUAACAGUAAAGCCUGUUUCAAAUGACGAGUCAAAUACACAGGGUCCUCAUUUAAUUCUGACAUUGCGUAAAGGGGUACUUCCUACGGACGCUAAGAAUAACUUGACUCCAGGGACUCUAGGUCCAACAGGAACGCACGACCAAACGGACACAGAAUUGAAGACAGCAGUGGCAAAAACAAAGAAAGUAAAAGCAAAGUAUAAAUGUCCCGAUGAAACCAUUGUACAAGGCGAGUAUGACGUUGAUAACGAGCAUGAGGACGACAAGGAAGGACUUGGUAUAGAAGAUUGGUUCAAUCUAUUUUCGAGGGAUGUAACAAAAGAAGAGGAAGAAAAACUUGAAGGAUGGAGUGGUUUCUUAGCUUUAUGUAAUCCUCCGGGGGACGAUGACGGCAGCAUUAAUGUAGAUUUAAACGAAUACGGAAAAUUCUGUAAAGUCAUGGUAAGGAAUAUAAUGUUAGUAACUAACCCAAAGAAUCAGUAUGAAAACAAAGGAACAAAAUGUCAGAAAGUUGUAAAGGGAGUUUCUGUAUGUGAUUUAUUGAAGGUUUGGGCAUAUUAUAUGCAGUGGUUAUGUGCUCCUAGGAAGGUUAUAGAUUACGCCUUUCAUGCAGUGAAAGAAGUAAGGGAAGUAUUUAAAAAAUUAAAUCUCGGUGGGAACUAUGCGGAAUGUACAUAUAAUGGUGUACCUGACAUUCCUGACGACAAAGUAAAGAAUAUCUUACCUGAAGCGUACGACCUAUUUUACAAAAGUGUGUUUUAUAUUAUGAUGGAAGCAAUAACUAAAGAGAAAGCAUGGUGCAUAGAGGGUAAAGGAAAGUUACCGCAGAAAGCAUCAGAGGAUUUAGACCUUCCACGCGCAGAAACAGAAGAGGAUAAUGAUGUGGUCUCCGCUGAUGACGGCACAAAUGAAUUCAAAGGACUUCUUCGGCAAGUUAAGGAAGGAAUGGAUCAAGAAAAAGAGGAAAAGGCAGAAGUGUUAGAAGAAUUAAAACAAAACAUAGCAGAACCAUCUGUUCCUUCACCCCAAAAACCUUCCCAACAAGAACAAGAACAACAAAAGGAACAACAGCAACAACUACAGAUGCAAGACAAUGGCUGCAAGAGUGACAAAUUAUGUGAACGCGUAACAUGCGUAGGAAGACAGUACCGUACGGACGAAGGAGGGAAUCCCGACUGGGAUAAAAUGUGGGGGGAAGUCAAGGACAGGGUUGAUGGACUUGCCAAAGUCAUGUCUAAGGAAGACCGCAGUAUGAACAGUUAUUGCAAUAGCCACCAAUGGACAAAUAGUAAAGUGACUUUUGCACAAAGGGAAACAUGCAAGCAAAUUGUUAGGGGACUACAUCAUAUAUAUAGCACUCAGACAGAUGGGGAAAAAACUGACAGUAAGUCCAAGAAUAACCAACAAUUUUAUCGAACUAUGGAAUGCAUUCUCCUGAACGCCUACGCAGAUCAGUUAAAGGAGAAAGGAAAUUAUUGUGGUAUCACAGAAGGAGAAAUACAAAAAAUGUUUAAUGAAGGAAAUACAAAGAAAAGAACUUGGUGUUUAGAUAAAAAUUGUAUUGAAUGUAAGAGGGAAGAGAAAUUGAAUUGUCAAUUAAACAAUGAGAAUAUAAAGACCAAAGUGGAUGGACUGCUCAACAUCAAUGCAGAAAUACAGGGAACUCUGAAGGAAACAUGUAAAGACUGUAGCAAGGAGGAGAACUUAUGUGAACGUACAAAAUGCGUGACAAUUAAUUGGUUUAGGGACAGAUUAACUAAUGGGGGGACAGGAAGACGAGACUGGUGUAAUUUUUGGGGGGAUCAGGACGUCGGAAAAGUAUUGAAGAAUCUGUCUGAGUCUAUGAUAAAAGAGAGUUCAACGAACGACGAGCUCUGUAAUAGUUUCACAGGAGCAGAUGAUACAGUGCCAACAGAUCCAAGAAAAAAGGCAUGUCAAUACAUCGCGAGAGGCUUAGAGUAUAUAUACAGCAUUAAGGAAGAAGAGAAUCAAACGUACGCAAACCAGAAGAAAAAUAACCGAAUAUUUGAUCAAACUGUGGGAUGCCUAUUCCUAAACGCAUAUGUAAAUCUCCUCAUAAAAAAAUCGCAGGGACAAGUUUGUCCUAUUACAGAAGAAGAAAUAAAAGAAAUGUUUAAGAAGGGGAAUGGUCAGAUUGAUAAAUGGUGUGUCCAAAAAAAGGAGGAUGGUAAUGGCAGUGAUUGUGUUACUUGCAAAAGGGAACCUGACCUAAAUUGCACACUGAGCGUGGAGGAUUAUCUGCUGUAUAAGGCAGCUGACACAACUUGCGAACAUCACAAAAAUAACAUAAAAGGGAAGUUGGAUGAUAUGCUGGUCAACGAUAAGACAGGACUAAAGCAAACUCUGGAUGAUAUAACUGCUAUUUGUAAACCCAAACCUGCCGCCCCUCCCCCAGCUCCUGCACCUCCUCCUUCUGGUUCUUCUGCUGCUGGGGGUGGAGAAACGGAUGAUGCUACUUUAAAAGCAACCAAGGCUGCCCAAAUUAGCAACAAAAUUGACAACCCCGUCCUUCCUUACCUCCCUCUUGCUCCUGCCAUGCUUGGUAUUUCUAUUAUGAGCUACUUGCUCUGGAAGUAUUUUGGAAUGCAACGUAAGACAAGAAAACGUUAUAGAAGAGGUCCUCAAAUUCGUGGUCCAACAUUGGAAGAACAACUCCUUGCUCAUGUGGACCAACCUGGUCCACGUGAAUAUUACAUUGUAAGGGAACGCAAACCUCGUUCUAUGCCUAAAAAAAGGAGGAAAAAACGGGUUCCUGGUCGUCACCGUGCAGGUCGUGGUGGUGGUGGUGUACGUCGCCGCAUGAUUAUUGAUAUUCAUUUAGAAGUCUUAGACGAAUGUCAAAAAGGGGACACCAAGCUGGUCCAGGAAGACUUUUUUGAAAUAUUGGUUCAAGAAUUUAUGGGAAGUGAAUUCAUAAGAGAAGAAAAUGUUCCUAAGGAAUAUGUUCCUAUGGAAGAAGUUCAAAGUUCAGAUUUCGGGUUUAUGGAGAAAGACAUUGUUCCUAAUGUAGAUGUUCGUAUGGAAGAGCUUCGCGAGGAACAGAUUCCAAGUUCAGAUUCCGGGUUUAGGGUGUAG